UUGAUACGAAACUGAUGAAUCAGUGUUGCCUUAAAUAUUGAAAGUUGUAGUCAUCAUCGCAGAAACGUUUGUACAUAUUAUAAAUUAAAUAUAGUGGAAAAAUUAAUGCACAUAAAGAACGCUUAUAGUUAUGGAUGGUCACACUGCAGAGUCUAAUGAUGCUAACUAUAUUAAAAGCCGAAAAUCUAAGGGCAAGCCACCACUAUGGGAUACUUUUCAAGAUCCCCCAUCAAGAAGGGCCACGGGAUCUGCAGCGAGUUGGGAGAAGCUAGGAUGUCUUUUAAAGCUCUUUAAGUUGCUAACAUAUGUAUUUGUUUUUAUUGUGGUUCUUGGGACUGCCGUCACGUCGAAGAUUUCAAUGCUAAUAAUGGUUACGCAUUUUCGUGCAAAUGCGAAUAUGAAGAUUUGCAAUAUUAUGGAUGACGAUGAUUUAUUUACAGCAACUUUGCCAAAGGAGGAGCAAUACGCAUGGCUUUGGGCACUGAUCUUUGCAUUUUCUGCACCUGAAGUGUUUACAUUUUUUCGAGCACUGCGAAUUUGCACUUUCAAAGAUGUGAAGUCUCCAACUUGGAUGGAGGUUAUGCUGGUUUUAUUAUUUGAAAUUUUACACACUAUCGGUUUGGCAAUAUUAGUUUUCUUCGUAAUGCCUCAAUUGGAUUCAGUGCGCGCAAUAAUGCUGUGUAAUGGAGUUUGUUUCAUACCCAGCAUCUUGAACAUUGGAUUUAAUCCUCAUUUUACUUGGAGAUCUGUUUGUAAUCUAUCUCUAAGCGCUUUAGCCAUUUUUGCUCAACUGAGUGCCUUUCUGGUGUGGCCAACAUUUUCAACCAAUUUGGCGUUACAAAUACUCGCUCUCCCACUUAUACUAGUUUCAACGCGUUGGUGGGAGAAUUACAUUGCUUCAUAUAAUUUUGUGGCUCAUAUAUUGCAAACGGUGCGCCGUAGUCGUUCUAAAUAUCAGACAUAUCUUUAUCUUUCGCCUGGGAAAAUUGUUGUCUUCUCUUUAAUUGGAUUUUGUUUUCAUGGCCAACCGCUAAAAGAAUAUUUCUCUUAUUUCACGAAAGCAUGGCAAUCACAUGAUAUAUUGGUGUAUAGAAAUGCGGUAUCGAAUGAAUCGGCGUUUGCUGAACGUGGUUUGAAUUAUUCAUCAAAAAUUUUUACAAUAAAAACCAGUGUUAAUACCGUUAUUUACAUUAUGCUACUACAAAUCUGUUCCUCAUAUUUAUGUUAUGUAUUUGCAAAAUUCGCCUGUAAAAUAAAAAUUCAGGAGUUUAGCUUUUCACUACCACUAAAUUUGGCGGGACCUGCUUCUGUUGCCAUGACUAUUUGGCUGACAUCUCUUCGGGGCGCGAAUGUUUGUGCUUUACAUGCUUAUCUACCCGAUUAUAUGGGACUAAUACUAAGUGACCAGAAUAAAAUAUUCGACUCCAUUAUCUCAGAUACUCUUUGGUUAUGGCCCAUAUGGUGGCUAUCUCAGCUGUGGAUAACACGUCAUAUAUGGCGGCCACGAAAUGAAAAGAAUGCACCGACGGAAAAACUGUUCAUAUGCCCGUGGUAUUGCGCAUUUUUGGUGGAUCAGUGCAUAUUAAUGAAUCGUCGGAUCAUCGAUUUGAAUGAUGAGUACCUCACAAGAAAGGUGUGUAUGACAAAGGUCGAGUCGUCACCUUCAAGUGUGCCAUCAGAUAUUAAUGAAAGUGAUAAAAUACCACAGUUGAUUGUGUGUGCAACAAUGUGGCAUGAAAAUCAAGAAGAGAUGAUGGAGUUCUUAAAAUCCAUUGUUCGACUGGAUGAAGAUCAAUGUGCCAGGCGUAUGGCGAAACUGCACAUCAAUGGUGGUAAAGCGGAUAAUGAAUACUAUGAAUUCGAAACAAAUAUAUUUUUCGACGACGCAUUUGUGCUGGAUGAAAAACUGUGCGAGAAUUCCCGUAAUCCACCAAUGAAUGAAUAUGUAAAAACUUUAAUUGUCAGCAUAGAGAAGGCAUGCUUCGAGGUUUAUGGUGUCAACAUGAAGAUUAAGUCUCCAGUAAAGACCGAAACACCUUAUGGUGGUCGCCUUGUGUGGACAUUACCAGGCCGCUCAAAAAUGAUAGCUCAUCUAAAGAAUAAAGAUAAAAUAAGACACAAAAAGCGUUGGUCUCAAGUCAUGUACAUGUAUUAUUUACUUGGUUUCCGCAUUAUGGAACUUGAAGGUGUAUCUGCUCGACGAAAAGCGGUUAUUGCUGAGAACACAUUUCUUUUGGCACUGGAUGGCGAUAUUGACUUUCAGCCACAAGCGGUACAGCUUUUGAUUGAUCGCAUGAAAGCCAUAGACGAAUUGGGCGCUGCCUGCGGACGUAUACAUCCCGUCGGUCGAGGACCUAUGGUCUGGUAUCAAAUAUUUGAAUAUGCGAUAGGUCAUUGGCUGCAGAAAGCUACGGAACACGUAAUUGGAUGUGUGCUCUGUAGCCCCGGUUGCUUUAGUUUAUUUCGUGGCAGUGCACUAAUGGAGAAUAGCGUAAUGAAAAAGUACACUACGGUAUCCAGCGAACCCAUGCAUUAUGUGCAGUACGAUCAAGGAGAAGAUCGUUGGUUAUGUACAUUGAUUUUAAAACAAGGCUUACGUGUAGAAUAUUCAGCUGCAUCGGACGCUUACACUCAUUCACCGGAAAUGUUCAAUGAAUUCUAUAAUCAACGACGCCGUUGGGUUCCCUCUACAAUUGCCAACAUAUUUGACUUACUCUCUGAUGCGGAUAUGGUAGUGAAGAAUAAUAGUUCAAUUUCAACGCCAUACAUUGCUUAUCAGGCAAUGCUAAUGGUUGGUACAAUUUUGGGUCCAGGCACCAUUUUCUUAAUGAUGGUGGGUGCGCUAGUAGCUGUGUUCAAUACAAGUAUUUGGAGCUCGUUCUUGUGGAACUUCAUUCCAGUGCUUUGCUUUAUUUUGUCUUGCAUUUAUUUAAAACAAAAGUUUCAGCUUUUGCUUGCCUUCGUAAUAAGUUCCUUGUAUUGUCUGGUAAUGAUGGCUGUAUUGAUUGGCAUAAUCAUACAAAUGAUAGACGAUGGACCUUUGGCACCCGCCUCUUUGUUCUUUCUUCUGGUUUUUCUGCAAAUUUUUAUUGCGGGCAUAGUACAUCCUCAAGAAGUCGGUGCGUUAAUAUGUGGUUUCAUCUAUUAUAUCACCAUUCCUUCCAUGUACAUGCUCCUACUUAUCUACUCAGUCUUCAACAUGAAUGAUGUCUCAUGGGGUACAAGAGAAGUGACAGUGAAGAAGGAUGACGAUAUUGGACUACCACCUGGUGAUGACGUUGAAGACGGUGGUCGAGAGUUUUUACCCGGUUGGGUUAAUGAUCCAUUGUUAGUUGAUUCGGAAUUGGGGGAGAUAUCGCUAAAAGAAAAACGUUUUUGGAAAGAUUUAAUUAAACUGUAUUUGCGUCCUUUGUUUCAUACAAAGGAUAAAAAAGCGGAGAUUGCCGAAAGUUUGCGAGAACUACGUAACAUGUUUGCUUUUGCAUUUAUAAUGAUAAAUUCUAUAUUUGUUCUAAUUGUGUUCUUACUUCAACUGAAAAAAGACUAUUUACAUCUUGAGUGGCCAAUCGAUCCGACUGAUUACAUUACAUACGACGACAUUAAUUCUCAGAUUUACAUAUACCGACGUCAUAAGGAAUUGGAUCCAAUCGGCUUUUGUUUUGUAAUUUUCUUCGGAUUAAUUUUAGUUAUACAAUUUAUUGCAAUGUUUUUCCAUCGUUUUGCUACCAUUUCACAACUCCUAGCUACAACUCAAUUGGACUGGUUUCGAGCACCAAGCACACUUACAGAUGAAGACGCGGCACAGGAAAUACGCGGAAAUGCCGUUAAUAUCGCUCGCCAGUUACAACGGCCAAAACGUUUAGAUGAUGAUGAUGAGGAUUCAUCAGAUGGAGAAGACAAUUUAAAUGGCGACGACAAUGCUGUCAGAGGCAAUAGCAUGGUUCGGCGGCAUACAAUUUUUAAGUUGCACGAAAGUCGGAAUAAAACCCAACCAGAUUAUAGUGAUUUGCCACGAAACUUUGAACGCCGCUUUCUAGGUGAAGACGAUUUGAAGGUUAAACACAUUUCAAUGAGUAGAAAGUCACUGAUGAUGUUAAAUGAAACACGUUGUGUAGCAAAACGGCGUCUAACGGAGCAAGUGAAACGCAAUACUGACUUUAACAAGAAUCCAUUGCCCUUUGUACAGACGGGUUUCACAAAUGCAGCUUUUGAUCCGCCUCUUGAUAUAAUAACUAAUAACAAUAACGGCGAUUGGUAGAUUUGCAUUAAAAUAUUGCAGAUAUGUAUGAUUUCUUUGGAUUAAAGUGACAACGUUAAAAUGCUAUGUGACAUCGUAAUUUUUAAAAUGUAUAAGCGUCUAUUCAACAAAUAUAUUAUACACAUCUAUAUACCUAUAGUUCGUAGGGUUAGCGGUUAUAUAUCUAAAAAUAAACCCAUAUAUAUAAUUCUAAGAUUAUACUUCUGAUUUCAUCAAAUUAUGUAAAACAGGUGGAGGUGCUAAUAAUUAAUGUUGGGCAUGGAAGUCGUAAAAGAAGUAAGAAAAGAAAUAAAGAUAUUUCAAUAAAACGUAAC